AUGCCUACUGCUGUUCUUGUCCUCCCAGCCGAGCACCGCUUCGACCCGCAGGUUGCGCCUACUUACUCUCGCUGGGUCCCUCCCAAGUGGAUGCUCCAACAUGCUUCGAACCCGCCAACCCCUCGUCGUCCUAACGCCAACGGACUCGGCGAGGAGUGGCAGCCAAAGAAGCCAUCCUUCCGCGGCAUCGACCUAACCAAGCCGGAUCCGCGCAUCCGCGUCCCGGACAUCGCUAUCGCCAGCGACGUUUCCGACGAGCAAGAGACCGCUUUCGUCGACGUCAACAUCCUCGACUCGACCGGCAAGGAGCCGUACCGCGGCGACGUCCUCGUUCGCGGCAAGCGCAUCGUCUCGGUCGGGGAAGAGAUCGCACCCGAAGUCCUCGCUCGCGCUCGCGUCAUCCAAGGCAACGGCAGGACGCUCAUGUCCGGCCUCUGCGACGCCCACACGCACUUUACCUGGACCAACGCCGCCUCGCUCGACGGACUUGCCGACAUGCCAGUCGAGGAGCACACGCUCUUUUCCGCCCGCUCAGCCCGCACCUUCCUCGACUGCGGCUACACGAUGUGCUUCGGCGCCGCGUCCGCCAAGUCCCGCAUCGAUGCCGUCGUCAAGAACGCCAUCAACGCAGGCGACAUCCCCGGACCUCGUGCGCUCGCCAACGCAGCAGAGAUGGCGCCGCACGAUGGCGCGCUCGUACCCGGCAUCACACGCUUCGUCGAAACGCCCGAGGAGAUCGAGGCGGCUAUCAACGAGUUUGCGGACCAGGGCGCAGACCAGAUCAAGCUGUCGAUGAGCGGCGAGGAGAUUACCGAGGUCCUUCGCGCCGAGGACACGACUUUCCCCGACGAGCUCGUCGCUGCUGGCGUUGAGGCUGCUCACGCUCGCGGCCUCCGCGUCUGCUCGCACGCUCGCUCGGACGAGAGUAUCAUGCAAUGCCUCCAGUACGGCGUCGACAUGAUCUACCACGCUAGCUUCAUUUCCGACUCAACGAUGGAGGCCCUCGAGGCGCAGAGAGAGCGGGUCUUCGUUGCUCCCGCUCUCGCUUGGCUCGUCUGCACACUCGAGGACGCUGAAGCGUACGGCUACCCACCCAGCAAGGCCGAGAGCGCCGGCUACGCGCGAGAACUCGCCAUCGCCAUUCCCGGACUCAAGGAGAUGAAGAAGCGCGGGAUCCGCGUCAUGCCCGGUGGAGACUACGGCUUUGCUUGGACGCCGCACGGCACGUACCGCGACCCGGAGUUGUUCGUCAAGCGACUCGGCUACACACCGAUGGAGGCUAUCCUCGCUGCCACCGCACUUGGUGGCGAGCUCUUGCUCCACCCGGAGGAGCUCGGUAAGGUCCAGCCUGGCUACUACGCCGACAUGAUCCUCGUCAACGGCAACCCUCUCGAGGACAUUACGCUGCUCUCGCACCACGAGAACCUCGACUUGAUCAUGAUCAACGGCCGCAUCCACAAGGAGCAGCUCAAGGACCGCUCUGAGGCGCGCUACGAGCCCAAGGGCUCGCUCUUCAACGAGAUCCCGGAGAAGGUGAACGGGUCGAAGAAGGCGAACGGCAAGGAGUGA